ACAAAGGCCUUGUUCUUUUAACAAAAUUAAUAGAUGUUUAUCACUUUGCUUUUGAUAAGAUUUGUUAACGUUUAGACGGUUUCAUAUCCUUGUAGCCUUUAGUGUGUUCACUCACCAAAGGCACAAGAGAAUCUAAAUAAGCCGGGGAUUUGCCCAUAAUUUUUAACAUACUAGUGUACUAGCCAAGAAUGGCACAGCAGAAAUGGAGUCUGGCCUGGUUAUCGUUCGUAGUUCUCGCUAUCAUUAUGUCAGCGUUUGUCUUCCUCGCCUUUGUACGUAUCGAACUCCAUCUCACGAGACAAGAGCAAAGGUAUGACACAUUGAAUCAAAGAUUGACAGAUCUUGAAGGACGUCAACCAAGAGCAAACCAGGGAAAACAAGAUUCUGCUGCAGCUAAAAGACGCGUUGAUAGAUCACUAGGCGAAGGAGUUGAUUCACCGACCAAUGAAUCGAGUAGACAAACAUCACAGAAACCUGUUUCAAAAGAGGUCACUGUAACUCCAAAAACAAUCCACGGGGACACUUCUGGUUCAAACUUUGUCACAAAAAUUGAACAAGCUAAAGAGUUAAGUGAUUUAAGACGCGAAUUUGAAGAGUUGUUUGAAAGCAUUCGUACUGAGAGCACAAGAGUUUGUAAUACUCCUAAAGGAAAGGUUUGCGUCCGAGGUCCCCCGGGGCCUCCGGGACCAAGAGGAGGCACCGGGCACAGAGGUGCACAGGGAGUACCCGGUACAACUGGUCAAAAGGGGGAUAAAGGAGACAAAGGCGAACCUGGUUACUCGGUAGCCUCCAGUGGACCAGAAAGACAGCAAGGUUCACCAAAAGUUAUAGCUACGCCUACGAUCAUGUCAAUAGUGGAAAAUAACACUGCUGUAUUCAUAUGUGCGACGCAAGGCACCCCAAAACCAUCGGUUUACUGGCGUCGAAAUGGAGAACCGCUGACUGGAGAAAGGUACCUGUUCACGUCUAGAGGCGAGAUGAAGAUAUUGAAGACCAGGUUUGAAGACAGUGGAGAAUAUGAAUGUGUUGCAAGGAACUAUCUUGGUCUAGCAGAAGCAAUUGUGGAGCUGUUGGUACAAGCGCCCCCCAGAAUCAAGUCGUUCUUCCAAGGCCCAAUUUUCAUCAAGAAAAGAGGAUUGAUCAAGCUACCAGAGUGCAUAGCCGAGGGUUAUCCAACACCCACCAUCAAAUGGACCAAGGUCUAUGGUGAAAUCCCACAAAAGCGAAUCUUCAAGAAGAACGACAAAAUGAUGAUAUGGGAUGCACAGAGUUCUGAUUCUGGUUUAUACGUCUGUCAAGCCAAGAAUGAGAUCGGCAAAACCGAAGCUGUCACGCAGAUAGUUGUGGCUUCCCUGCCAGAAUUCCGUAGUAAACCACCAACCAAUGCUACUCUCUUUGCUGGAGACAUCCUGCAUGUUGAAUGCAGUGGAUACGACCCGACAUUGGUCGUGUCUUGGGAGCGAAGGAAUGGGCUAUUGUUCGAUCACCGUGCCAACGUGGACCCUAACGGCACGUUGUCUAUCACCCAGGUAACGACAUCGGACAGUGGUGAUUACAUAUGUGAGCUGAGCACCGAUGGAGGCAUUUUUAAGAAUAAAGCCACACUGAGGCUAAGUGUUGUCACAAGGGGCAUCAAGCCCGGUAUCUGUCCGAUACCACUGCCGAUUGGCCCGUGUCCUAACAACACCCGGGAUGAGUGUACACUGGAUCAAGAUUGUAUCCAAGGAAAGAAGUGCUGUUCAGAUUCUUGUCAUAAACAGUGUGUUUUCCCGCCACCAAACAGAGACUGUGGUGACUUGUACAUGGCAGGAAUCAGAAAGAACGGUGUUUACACCAUCACACCUGAUGACAAGGGCUCCUUCAAAGUCUACUGCGACAUGGAGACCAAUGGAGGUGGAUGGACUGUCUUCCAACGAAGACGCGACGGAACCACCGACUUCUAUCGCACAUGGAAAGACUACAAACUUGGCUUUGGGAAUCUGGAAGGGGAAUUCUGGUUGGGCAAUGAUAAAAUUAACCGUCUUGUUGCUUCGACUGAGAGUUCCCUUCGAAUUGACAUGGAGGACUGGGACGGUGUGAAAGUGUAUGCCAACUACGCAAGGUUCCGAAUGGAAAGUGAGAUGAAAAAAUACCGACUGACAGUGAGUGACUACUCAGGUAGUGCUGGGGACUCGUUAUACUACCAUAAUAAUAUGUUAUUCAGCACUAAAGAUGUGGACAACGACAGGUGGAAAGGAAAUGCGUGCGCUAUUGACCUGACAGGCAGCUGGUGGUACAAUAAUUGCCAUGCAUCUAAUCUAAAUGGGAUGUACUUUGGUAACAUUAAGGACUAUGGGGGAAUUGGAUGGUCUGCCUUUCGACAUAACCUGUCAUUAAAGUUCACAGAGAUGAAAGUCAGACCCGACUCUUUUGAAUUACGUACCUUGAUCAGCACAGUCAUGACCAUUGGUUUCUUUGCCAUUUGUAGAUGUCAUCACUGGUUCCUGACCAGCAGAUUGCUGAAAGGAGUUUUCCAGUCGCUGCAGUAUUGCCUGCACAUUAAAGAUUAUACAUUUAAUUUAUACAACCAUCAUGCCACUUGGAAAACCAAGUGGAACCAAAUAGACGAUUUUGUGACCCCUCCCCUCCCCUCCCCUCUAGAAAGUUAAAUUGAACUUCACUGUUACCUGUCCUUCAUCAGUCAGGUUGACAUCUCCUUCACUUGUGAAAUAUUCUCCUCCAAAUCCUGUAAUGACAAGGAGAGAAUGUUGCAAUCAAAUCAAUAAACAUGAUACACUAGUUCAGAGUGGGAAAUGUAUGUUCCUGAUAUAAUCACAUAGACCUUUGGCCCUCAUUUCAUGAUCGAAUUGGAAUUUAAAAGUUGAUUUUUAUGCCAUAAGAUUUGACAUAACUUAUAACAUAGCCACGAUAUAACGCGCGCUCUAAUUGGCUAAUUAACAUGCAUGAGCAUGCAUCCAAAAAGGUAUGUGCAUGCUGACCUGAUUGAGCAGCACGCUCUAUGUAAUGAAGAUUUCAUUAGAACAAAAUGUUAAAUAAAUACAAUGAUCAAUGCUUAGUUGUGGGUAUAUCAAGUUCUGAAUGCACUCGGAAGGUUGCUUAAGCACUCAAGAAGUUAGAGUCAUACUUGGCUAUGCCUCAUGCAACUCUUUUGCUUCUUUCAUGCUUAGCAACCUCCUGCAUGCAUCCAGAACUGGAAAUGCACACGCUAAGCAUUGACCAUUCCUUAAUGCUUCCAA